AUGUCUCUUAAAAGACAAUUUGAGAAGAACAAACAGUAUCAUAAGGAACACACAGCCUUUUUAGAAGGAGUGAUAAAAAAGGGCCACACAGAGACAGUGCCGUCUGAGGACCUGGAGAAGAAAAGUGGAAAGGUGUGGUACAUUCCACACCAUGGAGUGCACCAUCCAAAAAAGGCCUCCCUGAGAGAAGUGUUUGAUUGUUCAGCAUCCUCGCAGGGAACAUCUCUGAACAGUAAAGCGAUUCAGGCUCCAAACCUCACUGGUAACCUGGUGGCUGCUCUCUUGCGCUUCUGCCAAGGACCAAUUCCACAAAAAGUAUGUUUCAUCAGGAAGUCCUGCCCCGGUACUCGAUGCAAAGUCGGGAAGAGCUGUCAGCAGAUAGCCUCACAACGAACUUUCAGGAAGUCAUGUUUUCACAUCCUGUUAUUAGAAGAACUCUAUGGCAACAGCAACAAACUGAAGCUUCCGUUCAUAGUCCUUGGAAGAGGAAUUCAAGGUCGUGAGGGGCAGAGAAGCACUGCAAUACCAAGAGUGGAGGGACCCAAAAGUCGACCAAAGCAGGAGCUGAGUGUGGAGACAGAUCAAACUGAGGAUCAGUCUGGAUGUUGCCAAAAUGUCCAACAGAACACGUCCAUGCAUAAGUCAGAUGAUGUCCUGCUGAGAAUCAUUGAGGGUCAUAAAACCACCCUGAAAAAGAAGUAUGAGUGCUUACAUGAAGGUGUCGCACUGAAAGAAAACCAAACCCUCCUCAACAGCAUUUACACAGAGCUCUACAUCACAGAGGGAGAGAGUGAAGGAGUGAAUGAGAAACAUGAGGUUUUACAGAUUGAAACAGCAUCCAAGAAAUGGGUUUCUCAAGACAAACCAAUCAGCUGCAAUGACAUCUUCAAACCCUUGUCAUCCAACAGAACUAAAGAGCAGAAAAAAGCCUUGUCUCGUCAGGAACCUGAAGGGGACAGAAAAAAGGCAGAAAUCAGAACUGUACUCACCAAGGGCAUUGCUGGAAUUGGAAAAACAGUCUCUGUGCACAAGUUCAUUCUGGACUGGGCAGAAGGAAGGACCAGUCAGGACAUUAAUUUCAUGCUGGUUCUUCCUUUUAGAGAACUGAACUUGGUUAAAGAUGAACAGUUCAGUCUUCAUGGACUCCUGUUAGAGUUUCACCCAGAGCUGAAAGACUUGGAUCCAAAGAAAUAUAAUGACUGUAAAAUGCUCUUCAUCUUUGAUGGUUUUGAUGAGAGUCGACUUCAGUUGAAUAUUCCUGAGAUGCUGUGUGAUGUGACCACAACAUCAUCAGUGAAUAUACUGAUAUCAAACCUCAUUCAAGGGAAUCUUCUUCCCUCUGCACUCAUCUGGAUAACCUCCAGACCAGCAGCAGCCAGUCAGAUCCCCUCUCAGUUCAUCAGUCGUGUGACAGAAGUCCAAGGAUUCAGUGAUUCACAGAAAGAGGAAUACUUCAGAAAAAGAGUCAGUGAUGAGAGUCAAGCCAACACAAUCAUCUCACACAUCAAGACAUCAGUGAGUCUCCACAUCAUGUGUCACAUCCCAGUGUUCUGUUGGAUUUCAGCCACUGUGCUUCAGGAAAUGCUGCGUCAAGACAAUGUUAAAGAGAUCCCUAAAACUCUGACUGAGAUGUACACACACUUCCUGCUCAUUCAGACUAAAAUGAAGAAACAGAAAUAUGAGGAGAAAUUUGAGACUGACUCGAAGAAUCCUCUGAAAUCAAGCAAGGAGAUCUUUCUGAAACUUGCUAAACUGGCUUUUAAUCAGUUAGUGAGGGGCAAUAUCAUGUUUUAUGAAGAGGAUCUGAGAGAAUGUGGCAUUGAUGUGAGUGAUGCCACAGUGUACUCUGGGAUUUGUACUGAGAUCUUUAAGGAGGAAUCUGUGCUUCGUCAGAAGAAGGUCUACUGCUUUGUGCAUCUGAGUGUUCAAGAGUUCUUUGCUGCUCUUUAUGUGUUUUACUGCUAUGUAAACAAAAACAUGGAGGCACUGAAGUAUUUUAUGCCAAGAGAGAUCAGUGAAUCAGAGAACAAAUUCAUGAAGGCACUGAACUCUUUUCUGUUCGGAGGGAAGACAGACAAUGUUCCCUUGGAUGAGUUGCUGAAGAAAGCUGUGGAUAAAUCUUUGGAGAGUAAGGAUGGACAUCUCGAUCUGUUUGUCCGCUUCCUUCAUGGCAUCUCACUGGAGUCCAACCAGAAACUCCUACAAGGCCUGCUAACACACACACAGAACAACCAGGAGAGCAUCAUGAAAAUAAGAUGUUACAUCAAAGAGUUAAAUAAAGAUGGUGUUCCACCUGAAAGAUGGAUCAAUCUACUGCACUGCUUGACUGAAAUGAAUGAUCGCUCUCUCCAUGAAGAAAUUCAAGCUUUUGUCAAGUCUGAAAAUUACAGAACUGAACUCUCACUUGCACACUGCACAGCACUGGUCUACAUGUUUCUGAUGUCAGAGGAGGUGCUGGCUGAGUUUGACCUGAAGAAAUACAAGACAUCAGAUGAGGGUCGUAGGAGACUGCUCCCAGCUGUGAGGUGCUGCAGAAAAGCUCUGUGA